UUUAUCAAUGGAGCUAUGCAUGGUUCAGGGAACCUGUCUUCUGUACAUCAUGUACAAAGCGGGAGGAUUUCAAUAAUAUCACAUUCUGAUUGAAAAUAAAACUCAAUAAAAUCAUCAUCUGAUCAUCGGAGGGAUGAAUUUUGGUUCUGGAAAUCUUCCCAGGCCGAUGGAAUGGGUGACGCCGCACAAGGUAUCCCUCGCUGUCCUUGUGACUGUGUACGCCGAGAAAGAAUUGCCGGAGAAAUGUCAGCCGGCUUCACCGAUUCUUGUCACGGGAAUAACCGGAGACGAGGAGAAAGGCAGCGUGACACCGACCGUAGCGUGGCCGGCGAUUGGAGGCGAGGGACCGGCAGGUCCAGGGAGAAAUCCUGGUACAGGGGGGCUGGAUGUCACGGUCGGCUGGAGUGUUGCGGUCAAACGAAACUUUGCUAGGUCCAUGCUGAAAUGGAUACAAAGUUCUGAUAUGGAGUUCCAAGACCUGAUGAUAAAAGUGAAGGAAAUCGAUGAGGAAUUAAGCAAAGAUUUAGUUGAGACCUUGAGUUCCAUCAAUACGUCGGGACUCUCAGCGCUUGCAGACUUUGUUCUGUCACUACACAAGCUAUUGGACAGUAACAACGGCCAAUCACCCGUCCACAGACAUAGCAUCCUCGGUAUUUUCAUUCGGCGCAUGGUCCUGUCAUACGACAAGCUGUCGUUUGACCAAGUUUCAUCGUUGUACAAGAAUCUCAAGGUCUACCUCAGUGGACUAGACGGUCAUCUGACCGAGGGGGAACGCAGCCAGGCCAUGAUGGACGUCAGCACAGUUGACGACGGGGGGACAAUGACCAAAGACGAACUGGACGGCUCAAAACCCGAAAAUGGACAAGUACAAAGGGCAGGCACUUUGCACCUUCCAUCCCAGCGAGUCUUCAAUCGUCAGCAGGCCGAGUCAUUCAUUGCACAACAGGCCCGCCUGCUGCAGAACGACGACGCUAGGGCCCUCGACCCAAGCACGCUACAAGAGCAAAUCGCGGCCCUCAGAGACUCUAAUCCUGACCUGGCUGAAACGCAUUUUCUGUCCUAUCUGAACGGCCUUCGACUGAGUGAUUUCUGCGGCGCCACCGACAGUCUUCACAGCUACUUUGACCACCUCUUGCCCAGGGUAAACGAGAGUAACAACAACCGGGAUGAGGGGACCAGCAAGAGUUUCCGCUACGCUGCGCUCAAUCUGGCCGCCAUGCACUGUACAUUUGGCCACAGGGACGAAGCACUGUUGGCAUUGAAGGAAGCGAUCCGGAUAGCGCAUGAGAGGAACGAUAACGUUUGCCUUCAACACGCCCUGGGUUGGUUGUAUCGUCUAGAAAAGAUGAACGGGGAGGAUGUCUCGUACCUUCUCGAUCGUUCCAUUACUCGCUCAGAUGCCUUGAACCUGCCAUAUCUGACUUCUCUGGGAAUUCAAAAUUUUGCCCAGCACAAGGCUCUCAGUUCCACUGAUCCUGCAAGUGUGUUCGAGUACCUGGCCAAGAGUGACAUGCUCAACUGCAAACACAACCAGCCCCAACUGGUUCAAACCAGUUUGGCCCAGCAGAGCGCCCUCUGGCAGAUGUAUGGUCACAGGACUAUGUCCUCGCUCUGUGACCAAGUUCUACUCCACUCGGGAUCUCUGGACCUGCCUGGGGGGUCAGCCAACACCUCCUUGAUCACCAUGGACAGCGAGGUAUUGUGUUUGGCCAUCUGCAACCAGGCCAGACUGCACGGGGACCAGGGAAUGUACGCCGCGGCCAAGGACCUGAUUCAACUGGCCAGAGACCGGUUCCCAGCACCCUCUAAACACGCAAAGAUAUGGAUGGAAUGCGAGCAGGAGCUGUCCUUUUCCAGGGCCAUCUUGCAAGGCAAAUGGCAACAGGCAGAACAGGCUGUCCUAAACCUGGCAUCCAUCAAUGAGUCUGGUGCCCUCUACAGGAAAGUAAUCCUCUUAAAGAAGCGCGGUGAAACGACGGCCGCUUUCGGUGCUGUCAAUAAAAUCGUCAGCAGCUGCAAAGAGAAUCUCCAGGGUUUCACCACCGAGCUCCUCGUCAGGGCCCUUUUGGAGUUAUCGGAGCUACACUCGGUAUCGUCCAAUCACACGUCAGCUAUCCCCCACCUGUUGGAAGCCUUGGCACUGUGCCAAACCCACCACCUGUCUUCACUGUACACGGAGGCGACGGCACGAUUAGCCCAAACCCAGUUAAUGCUUAAGAUGCCCCACCAUGCUUUGAGCCUAGUGGACAGAAUUAUGCCGCAAGUUCUUGCUAACGGCUCCCUGUAUGAGCAGUGCUGUGUGAAGUUCCUGUAUGCCAAAUGUAAAGUCGCCUGUUCAGGACAGUUAGACAGCGACGGCAGAAAAGCAGUUCUGCUGUCAGUAGUCCAACUCCUGCAAGAAACGGCGGACGGCUUCCACAAAAUGGAGGCAGAGUAUCGUGUUAAAGACGUCAUCUACCUCCAGGCCCAUCUGUACGACAAGCUAGGCUACACAUCAGAGCGAAACAAGUGCGCACUGCAGUUCCGACACCUCGAUCACCAGUAUCCGACAGCCGUUGCCAUGCCAACCUCCACGUUAUGACACCUGACCCAGCAGAAGGAAUCAUUUGCAUAUUAAUCAUUUACAUAUUAGAUGUGGUUCUGAACCAGUAUUUUUUGGGGGGGUGGGGGUG